GUCUCAAAAGCUCAUUAUUGGGUAGCCGCGUUGCCAAGCUCCGGACGCGGCUCGACCAUUGGAAGCCGCGGACCCGCCUCCGCAGGAUAGGUGAAGGUGAGAGUCUCCUCCACCAGCCACUGCUAGACCGACCGAGCAGCAUCUCCAGGCGCUGAGGGAAAGCUCUCGGCAGAUUCUGGUCCUGUCGCUAUGGCGCCUCCGUCCGUCUUUGCCGAGGUUCCGCAGGCCCAGCCGGUCCUUGUGUUUAAGCUCACGGCCGACUUCCGGGAGGAUCCGGACCCCCGCAAGGUCAACCUAGGAGUGGGAGCGUAUCGCACUGAUGAUUGUCAGCCGUGGGUUCUGCCAGUAGUGAGGAAGGUCCAGCAGAAGAUUGCUAACGACAGCAGCCUAAACCACGAGUAUCUGCCCAUCCUGGGCCUGGCAGACUUCCGGACCUGUGCUUCCCGCCUUGCCCUUGGAGAGGACAGCCCUGCUCUCAAGGAGAAGCGGGUGGGAGCUGUGCAGUCUUUGGGGGGAACAGGUGCACUUCGAAUUGGAGCUGAGUUCUUAGCUCGAUGGUACAAUGGAACAAACAACAAGGACACACCUGUCUAUGUCUCCUCACCGACCUGGGAGAAUCAUAAUGGUGUAUUUUCUGCUGCUGGAUUUAAAGACAUUCGAUCCUAUCACUACUGGGAUGCAGAGAAGAGAGGACUUGACCUGCAGGGUCUCCUGAAAGAUAUGGAGGGUGCUCCUGAGUUCUCCAUCUUUGUCCUCCAUGCCUGUGCGCACAACCCGACCGGGACCGACCCGACUCAGGAGCAGUGGAAGCACAUCGCCUCCGUCAUGAAGCGCCGGUUUCUGUUCCCCUUCUUUGACUCAGCCUAUCAGGGCUUCGCAUCUGGAGACCUAGAGAGAGACGCCUGGGCCGUUCGCUAUUUUGUGUCUGAAGGCUUUGAGCUCUUCUGCGCACAGUCCUUCUCCAAGAACUUCGGGCUGUACAAUGAGCGUGUGGGGAAUCUGACAGUGGUGGGAAAAGAAAAUGACAGCGUCCUGCGGGUCCUUUCCCAGAUGGAGAAGAUCGUGCGGAUCACUUGGUCCAAUCCUCCUGCUCAGGGAGCACGAAUUGUGGCAUGUACCCUUUCCAACCCCGAGCUCUUUAAGGAAUGGACAGGUAAUGUGAAAACAAUGGCUGACCGGAUUCUGACAAUGAGAUCUGAACUCAGAGCACGAUUAGAAGCCCUCAAGACUCCUGGUACCUGGAAUCACAUCACGGAGCAAAUUGGGAUGUUCAGUUUCACUGGCUUAAACCCUAAGCAGGUUGAGUAUCUGGUCAACGAAAAACAUAUCUAUCUGCUGCCAAGUGGUCGGAUCAACAUGUGUGGCCUCACCACCAAAAACCUAGAGUAUGUGGCCACCUCUAUCCAUGAAGCUGUCACCAAAAUCCAGUGAAGGAGCACCACCCAAACCAGCACCACCAAAGCGGUCCUCGUCACGUGUUCCCUGCCUGCACAAACCUAGUUGUACAUACCGUGUAUUAGAAACUGCUGAGGGACUGGCACAGCUGCCGAGGGACGGCGUGCCUGCUCUGACAAGACCACCUCCAUGGAAAACCCGCCCUACUGAAAGAGAGCCUCCCUUGGAAAGAAAUGUGGGCCUGGGAUUAGAGCCCUUUUGGAGGCCAGAGCAAAUUCAAGUUUUUAUUUAAAGAAGAAUAAGUAUUUUGAUUAUGAG